AUGAGUCGCCCAGGUGCGUGGUCAAGAGUGCUCUCUAAUUUGGGCAAAUAUUUAAGAAAAGAUUGGUCCCAAAAAACGUACGUAGGUGAAGAUGGUCUUGGUCAUAGGUUUUACGAAAUAGCAAACUCCAGACAAAAUGUUGCCAGAGGGUACGAACAUGUUGAUGGAAAAAGUAACACAGAGCCUAGCAUAGAGUGGCAGUCAUGGCUUCGUGGCACACGGAAGUUCCCUCCUUCAGAACAAGAACUGUUCAUUAACGCUGCGAAACAACAAGCUCAGCUUAUGGACAAUAGCUUGACAGAGAAAAAUGCCCCCAGUGUUCAUAGCGAAGGAAAAAAUUCAGGAGACUCACCGAGUGCUUUUCCGAAGUAUAAAGAUUUAGAAAUAGCGCCGGGUUAUAAUAGUAAGACAAAGAAGUAG